AUGUCCACCAACUUCCAGAUUGCAAUCACUUUCUCGUUUGCGGUCACACUCCUUCUCAUGUUGGCCGCUACAAACGUGCUUCUUGUGGCCAAGGGUGACACCAACCAGUCCAACUACGUGGUUGCCAUGUAUAUGUUGGUACUUCCCGUGUGCUUGUGGUUGUCGAGAGGCUCUCUUGCACAAAGUGCCAACAAUAAGCUUGGCCAGGAUUAA